CGAGGCCCAGGGAAGCAGUGGCUUGGCUGCCCAGGCCAGUGCAAGCUUGGUUAGAGAGUACGCCUUGCCUCUGGGUUCAGAGCCUGGCCUGGGGGCCCCUGGAGGAGGCACACUUCUGGGCUGUGAGACACAGCACUGCCAGGACACAGGACGCUGCAGGAAGUGUUGGCCUAUGUCUCUGGAGGAGCCCUGACCCAGGCAGGCCACACCCGCUGGGCCCACCCAUCCUGCCUGGACCCCCCUGCUCAGGGACGGAAGAAGCCUGGGCUGAGCCUGGCAGCGGAGCGGUGAAAGCCCCAGUCCUAUCUGUGGCCUGGCUCCAGCUGGGUUCUGGCAGCCCGCGUCCACUCCAGGCACCUAAGUGCAUGGGAAGAAUCUAAGUAUCUCCGGGUGCGCCCAGGGAACACGGACCUGGGAGCCCCCAGGAGAAGUCCGCCAGUUCAGGGAGCCCGCGAGGACCUCCAGCCCUGGCUCCGGGGACCCAGCGAGCUCUGCCCUGUACUCUGGGGCCCGUGCAGCAGGGAGGCUCACGGAGCGGGGAGGGGAGGCAGCGGGUGGCUGUCCCCGCCCGUUAGACCACCCAGCGUGCGGCUGCCUCCUGCUCCCUCCCGCGGCCUGUCGGAGGGUCACCGAGAGCCCUGCGCUGCUCCCCUCCUCCGCUUUAAUGGUGGCUGGGGCCUCCCCCGCGCCGGGAUUGGAUACGAGAGAACUGGGUGGGGGCGGGUGAGGGGACCCCAGAAGCCCAGGUUCCCAGCUUGGGCGUAGAGUAUCCCGCAGUACAGACGCUGCUGGUCUCUGCGGGUGAGGACCUCCGCACAGACCCGCAGAGCCGGCGGGCGGCGCGGAGGAGGUGGCAGCUCAGCAGAGGUCCCCGCAGGCGCUGGGCGCGCCACGAUGUUUGACAGCUCGCAGUAUCCUUACAAUUGUUUCAAUUAUGACGCGGACUACCCAGCGGGCAGCUCCGACGAGGAGAAGCGGCUCACACGGCCCGCGUACAGCUACAUCGCGCUGAUCGCAAUGGCCAUUCAGCAGAGCCCCGCAGGCAGGGUGACCCUGUCGGGCAUCUACGAUUUCAUCAUGGGCAAGUUCCCCUAUUACCGCGCUAACCAGCGCGCCUGGCAGAACUCCAUCCGCCACAACCUGUCCCUCAACAGCUGCUUCGUCAAGGUGCCUCGGACCGAGGGCCACGAGAAAGGCAAGGGCAGCUACUGGACGUUCGCCUGCGGCUGCGAGUCCCUGCUCGACCUCUUCGAGAAUGGCAACUACCGGCGCCGGCGCCGGCGGCGCGGCCCCAAGCGCGAAGGGCCGAGAGGGGCGUGUGAGAGCGGCGCCCAGGGGACCCAGGGGCCGCCAGAGCCGGCCAACGCCCAGGGCUCCCCGGCGCUUCGCUGCCAGCCACCUGCCCACGCCGGCCCCGCUGCGCUGGGGAAGGGGCCACACAAGGAUGUCAAGUUCAGCAUAGACUACAUCCUCUCCUCCCCCCACCCCUUUCCUGAGCUCAGGUCGCCCCACCCCCCACGGGAGGCCCAACAAAUGAAUCUCCACUUUUGGACAAUGUGAGGGGGGCUGAGGCUGUCAGCUCCCUGGUGGCUGGCACCCAAACAGCCUGGCUCUUCUGGGUGACUUCAGCCAAGCCAGGAAGUGAGGUUUUGCCCACAUCUUUGAACAUGUGCAGACUCCCGCUCCAUGUGGGAACAGCCUGGGCUGGAGGGAAAGGAGCGGAGCUCGUGACAGGUACUCCUGGUCGUGCUGGAGCUUCAUCCUUUCAGAAAAAAAUGUUUCCUUGCAGGAAAACUCACUGGGUUCCUGUUUGACUUAAGGUUUGCUCUAGAAAUCCUGCACGAGGAAUAAGAACACGACUCCAGUGUCACGUUCACUCAGAAUCAAGGUAACAUUCCUCUCCUGCUCUCUGAGAAUUCGCUUCAUGGACAGCCACACCCUGGAAGCUGAUGGUGAGGGGCAGUGUGGCACUGGUGAGCAUCUCGUUAGAGAUAAAAGUAAGAAGAAAGUACAAACACUGAAGUCACAUCCUAACUGACCCCUGAGUGUUGCCCCAAGAUUUUUGACUGUGUCUCUGUGAUGGUGAUGUGAUUGGAAGUGACAAAUGCAUCUUGUGUUGUGGGCAGAAUAUUGAUUGUUUAAGAAAUCCCAUGCACUUUUUUAUGAAGGAAGGAAGGAAGGACAGAAGGAAAGAGAGGAGGGAGGAAAGAAGAAAGGGCAGGAGGAAGGGAGGGCGAGAAGGAGAGAGAAAGAGGGGUCCACAUUUGGGACAACUUGGAGGCAAAGCUCACUUUUCUUGAUUCUUGUGAGAGGAGUAAGCCCCUGUCCUGGCAGGUCCCAGCCAGCUGGUUUCCCCAGA